GGCUUUCAACCCUAUAUACAGUCCGAUUUUCACUAUCACAUGCUGCGUUGCAACGUUGAUAUGCUUAUACAGUUAGGGCUGACAUUCACUGACGGCGACGGACAUCUUGCACACGUAAAUGGUCAAUACUGUAUCUGGCAAUUCAAUUUCAAAGAGUUCAGCCUCCGGGAAGAUGUAUACGCGCGCGACUCAAUAGAGCUUUUGAAACAAAGCGGCAUUGAUUUUGUUACCUUCGAAGUGCGCGGUAUCGACGUCAAAAAGUUUGGGGAGUUGUUGAUGGUCAGUGAUGUAGUAUUGAAUGAUGAAGAGAGUUGGAUCACAUUUCACAGUGGCUACGAUUUCGGGUACUUGCUGAAACUGCCAACUUGUAAAGAACUUCCAGAAAAAGAAAGCGAGUUCUUUGAGCUGUUGAACCAGUACUUCCCACAAGUUUACGAUAUGAAACUCAUGAUGAAGCGACUAGGCAAUAUACACGGUGGACUGAACAAACUCGCUGAUUUAUUGCAAGUAGAGAGGAUUGGUCCACAACAUCAAGCUGGAAGUGAUAGUUUGCUGACUGCUUUCACAUUUUUUAAACUCUGUGGUACUAAGUUUAGCGAAGAGGGCAUUGAUCGAUUCAACGGCAUUCUGAUUCAACGGCACUCUGUACGGUUGAGGGCGGGAUAG